AUGGUCCGGCCUCGCGAGAGCAGUUGCGAUGAUUACCCUCGCGUCCUCAAGGGUUGGCUGUCAGAGACAGAUGUUGCGCAUUUGAAGCAGAUAUACAAGACUACCGUGGAGGAGGGCUUCGCAAAUCGAAAGGAGCGGAAUAGGCCAAUCCAGUAUUACGAUCUGCUUCGUUACAUGCACACAUGCCAACCUCAUGAUGUUCGCCUUCAAGAGAUUAUCGAGAAGAUCCAUCAGCAGGUGCAGAAGCGGUUUGGACCUGGAUACCUCAUCGUGCAUGAUUUCUGGUCCUAUCGCGCCCCAGGCUCCUUUCCUGCGCCCAUCAUGCACACAGACCCGGCCUUUUGGAUGACGGGCCGCACUGACGGCUUCAAUCUAUGGUUUCUCUUGGAUCACAAGGACAUGGCUUACGGCAUCGACGUGCUCACGAAGGAAGACAACCAAGAACUCUAUUCUUGCGGUGCCCUAGGAUUACCCCAUGGGCCUCCUUUUCUUUUUGCUGGCAAGUCAUCAGCGUGUCCGGCCUUCGUUCAUCGCAUUCCUCUGCGGAAAUGGCCUGUUCUAUUUGAGUGGCAGAAUGAUCUAGCAAAUGCUUUGGGAACACUCUGCUGCGCAGCAUCAACGUGGUGGUUGCAAAAGGCGGUCAACCUUGGCAAAACCAUGCAAGAAGUGCUGCCUGCCUGGGCUUUUCGUGGUCUCCUGCAUGCCUUUGGAUGGCUUGGCAGUCUCUACCCGCUGCCUCCCAUGACGCUGAAGCCUAGACGUUUCGAACUUGAGAUAGGUGAUGCCAACGUCAUCCGCCAGGACGAGCUACAUGCUUCCGACAAGGAGCCAUUGAAAGAAG